UAUAUAAUUCCCCUGCAAAAUCCUUCAAUACUUGGUCCUCAAAUUUAUUUUUUGCUAAAAAGCCCUUACUUCCAUUACCAUGAACCCAACGCCACCACUUCUACUUCUACUCCUCACUGUAAUUUCUCUCCUCUCCGCCGUAUCCGGGUGGCGCCCAUGGCCCCACCUGAAACCCAACUCAUCCGAUCUUCUCUACGAUGGGUCCAAAAAAUACGAGGGCUCGUCUGAGUUCGUUCGCUUACGUUACCACAUGGGUCCUGUCUUAACCGCAAACAUAACCGUACACACAAUCUGGUACGGCAGGUGGCAAAAAUCUCAAAAGAAAAUCAUCCGUGAGUUUAUCACGUCAAUCUCCGCCGUUAACGCCCCCCACCCUUCCGUUUCCGGGUGGUGGAAGACCGUACAGCUCUACACUGACCAAACCGGAGCGAAUAUUUCCCGUACGGUUUUAUUAGGUGAGGAAAAAAACGACCGGUUUUAUUCUCAUGGGAAAUCGUUAACUAGGCUAUCGAUACAGUCUGUGAUUAAAAGUGCGGUCACUGCUAAAACAAAGCCGUUGCCGGUUAAUCCCAAAAGCGGGUUAUAUCUUUUGCUCACAGCUGAUGACGUGUACGUUCAAGAUUUUUGCGGUCAGGUAUGCGGGUUCCACUAUUUUACAUUCCCGUCUAUUGUCGGGUAUACGCUGCCGUAUGCUUGGGUUGGGAAUAGUGCUAAGUUAUGCCCAGGUGUGUGCGCUUAUCCAUUUGCCGCACCCAAUUUUAUUCCGGGUCUGAAACCGAAAAGGUCACCAAACGGCGACGUAGGGGUGGAUGGGAUGAUAAGUGUGAUUGGUCAUGAAAUAGCUGAGCUGGCGAGUAACCCGUUGGUGAAUGCUUGGUAUGCGGGUCAGGACCCGACUGCUCCGGUGGAGAUAGCGGAUUUGUGUGAGGGAAUAUAUGGGACCGGUGGUGGUGGGUCUUACACUGGGCAGAUGUUGGAGGGACUAGAUGGUGCCACGUAUAAUAUGAAUGGAAUCAGACGGAGGUAUUUGGUCCAGUGGAUAUGGAAUCAUGUGGUUAAUUAUUGUACCGGACCUAAUGCACUUGAUCAGUAAAAUAUUUUUGUAUUUUCGGGGUUUUGAUUAUAAUUUUUUCUUUUAAAUGGGGUUAUUUUGGAAUGUGGGGUUUUUGUUGGGGUUUUUGUCAAAUAGUGCUUAUUUGGCAAGGGGUGGGGUUUUGUUAAGGAUGUUAAAAAAAAUGAAAAAAGAAAAAUCUGUGUAAUAAUAUUUUCUUGGUUUACUGAUUUUGUAUACAAAAUAUCUAGUGAUAUUUUUUUUCCCGCGUUA